CCCUUAGAGUUUGACCCUAAACUCAACCCCCCCUAAAGUAGUACCUUAAACUCAACCCAACCCUCCUUAAAGUUCGACCCUAAACUCAACCCGCCCCCACCCCCUAAAAAUGUUCGUGUACCUGAGCAAGAAGAUAGCGAUUCCCAACAACUUCCGCCUGAACUGCAUCUCGUGGAACCAAAAGCAAGGCUACAUAGCAGUAGGCGGUGAGGAGGGUCUCCUGAAGGUCCUCCGCGUGGACUCGAACCCCCCGAGUGCAGGCCUCCCCACAAAACCCCGUGGCCUCCCGGGCACGAGCAACCUCAGCAUGAACCAGACCCUGGAGGGUCACCAGGGUCACGUCCAGGUGGUCACCUGGAACGAGGAGUACCAGAAGCUGACGUCGAGCGAUCAGAACGGCGUGAUCGUCGUCUGGAUGUUGUACAAGGGUUCCUGGUACGAGGAGAUGAUCAACAACCGCAACAAGUCAACGGUCAAGGGGAUGUCCUGGAGCGUCGACGGCCAGAAGAUCUGCAUCGUCUACGAGGACGGGGCGGUGAUCGUGGGCUCCGUCGACGGCAACCGAAUCUGGGGGAAGGAACUCAAGAACACACCCCUGACGAGUGUCCAGUGGUCCCCGGACGGCAAGCUCCUGCUGUUCGGCCUGAGGACCGGCAACAUUCACCUCUACGACAACCAGGGGACCUUCCUCAUGAACAUCAACAUGAACCUGCCCGUCACACCCCAGAACAUCGUCGCGAUGCACUGGUACAGCGGUAAGCACGGCUUCAUCGGCGUGGACUGUCCGUCCUUGGCGAUCUGCUACGACUCAGGAAGGGUCCACCUGCUGAGGGACACCAACGACGACAGCCCGGUGAUCAUCGAGACCGGGAUCACCAAUGUCUGGUGCGCCUGGAACACCUACGGGUCCCUCCUGGCGGUCACUGGAGUCCAGUCGAUCAUCGUCAGCGGGGAGGCCAAGGACUCCAAUGUCAUCCAGUUCUACACACCGUUUGGACAGCAAGUCAGGACGCUGAAGAUACCCGGGAAGGAGGUGACCGCGUGCUCCUGGGAGGGGGGCUCCCUCCGGGUCGCCCUCUCCGUCGACUCGCACAUCUACUUCGCGAACAUCAGGCCCGACUACAAGUGGACGUACUUCAGCAGCACCGUUGUCUUCACCAACGAGAGGGUCACCAAGGACGGUGUCUGCAUCACCUUCUGGAACACCAGCAACAACUCGUGCUGCACCAAGUACGUGAGAUCGCUGAUCUCGAUAACGUCUUCGGGGGAGCACUGCGCGCUCGCUGUUCGAAAUGAUCUGAAUCAGGAGAGCGAGGAGUUCAUUCUCAUCGUUUGUAACACCAUUGCCACUCCCAUUGACACCAAGUACCUGGACCUCGAGCCCAGCUGGAUCACCAUGACCAGUAAUUCGGUGAUAGCAGCGUCCAAGAACAACUUCGUCAUCUGGAAUUUCAGGAUUCCAAAGUCCGCUAGUUUGAGCUCGUCUAGGAUGAGGAAGGAUCGGAUGUACCACGUGGACGACACCCCCACGGGGGUCACCGAGGUCAUCCAGGACCUCGACAGGGAUCGAUCCUUCGAGACGCCGGUGAACAAGAAAGCGACGAUGGACCCCAUCUGCUGCGUGGGCGCCAGCGAGAAGAUUCUCCUCGUGGGAAGGGAGUCCGGGAUGAUCCAGAGGUAUUCGCUGCCCCAGGUCACUCUGACCAAUCGGUACACGGUUGCAUCGAGACCUCAGAGGAUCUCCAUCAACUGCGACUCCAGUCGAGCUGCCAUUCUGGAUGUCUCGGGGGUCCUCACGAUGCUGGAUCUGGAGCACGUGAGGAGUGAGGGUGGGGAACAGGAUGUCUCCAAGUUCGAGAGGAAGGACGUGUGGGCGGUGUGCUGGGCUGUCGACAAUCCAACGCUUCUUGCCAUCAUGGAGAAGACGAGGAUGUACGUCAUCAGGGGGUUGGACCCCGAGGAGCCGAUCUCCUGUUCCGGGUACAUCUGCUCCUUCCAGGACCUCGAGAUUCGGUGCAUUCUGCUGGACGACUUGGUCCACAAGCCUGAUGACAUCAGGUCUGAGCUGAUUGUCGACCUUGAGGUGAAGUCGCUGAGGGACACCAAAGAGCUGUUGUCAAAGGUUGGCCUGAAGGAGGCGUACGACUUCAUCCAGGAUAAUCCUCAUCCGAGGCUGUGGCGACUCCUUGCUGAAUCGGCGCUCAAGUCGAGGGACCUGGAGAUGGCGGAGAACGCGAUGGUGCGUUGUACUGACUACCUGGGGAUCCAGUUCAUCAAGAGACUGCACACUGUUCAUGCUGACCAGCUGAAGAAGGCUGAGGUCGCGGCGUUUCUUGGCAACUACGAUGAGGCUGAGAAGCUCUAUCUGGAGUUGGAUCGAAGGGAUUUGGCGAUCACCUUGAGGCAGAAGCUGGGGGACUACUUCAGGGUUCUUCAGCUGAUGAAAAUGGGGAUUGGGGGCUCGGACAAGCAGAUGGAGCUGGCUUACAACAAGAUCGGGGAUCACUUCGCGGAGAGACAGAACUGGGAGGGGGCGAAGGAGUAUUACGAGAAGGGGAGGAACCUGGAGAGGCUCAUUCAGUGUUACUACAGGCUCGAGGACUAUGAGCUGCUGGCCGAGACUGUGGACCAGCUGCCGGAUAAAUCCCCCACUUUGAAGACUGUCGCCAGGAUGCUGGCGUCUGUGGGGAUGUGCCCGCAGGCUGUCGCUGCGUACAUCAAGUAUGGAGAUGUGAAGCAGGCGGUGGAUACCUGUGUGAGGUUGAACCACUGGGACCAAGCGGUGGACCUGGCGAAGACCUACAAGAUGGCUCAAAUCAAUGAUCUCAUGAAUAAAUACGCUAAUCAUUUAUUGUCGAAUGGGAAGAGACUGCAGGCGAUCGAGUUGUAUAGGAGUGCCAACUGCUUUCUGGAGGCUGCCAAGCUGCUGCUGCGACUCGCUGAAGAGCAGACGAGGCUGAGGGCCAAUCCCCUGAGGGUGAAGAAGAUUUAUGUGCUGGCGGCGCUGCUGAUUGAGGACCACAUCAACAGCACCCCUGCGAUGAAGGGGGGUCGGAGCAAUGUCAUCAUGGGGCUGACCGAGAACAAUGAGGACUCCAGGGUUAUCGAGAAUGCUUGGAGGGGAGCGGAGGCCUUCCACUACCUGUUGCUUGCGCACAGACAGAUCUACAGCGGAGACUUCGAUGCUGCGAUGAAGACGUCGUUGAGGCUGAGGGAGUACGAGGACAUCCUGGAUUCAGAGGAUGUUUAUUGUCUGCUUGCUCUGUCGAGCUCGGUCAACAGGGCGUUCUCCACUUGCUCCAAGGCGUUCAUCAAGCUGGAGAGCCUCGAGAAGAUCUCGGAGGCUAAGAGAGAGGAGUACGAGGAGCUUGCGCUGAAGAUCUUUCUGAAUAACCCCCCGAAGGACUCGAAGAACGCAAAGUCGGAGUGUGUCAGCUGCGAGAGUCUGGUGCCUGAUUGGUGUGUCGCCUGUCCCAAUUGCGCCACUAGGUUUCCAGCCUGCGUUGUCACUGGACGACCUCUUAUGGAUCUCACUAAUGCCUGGAUCUGCACUGUGUGUCGACAUCAUGCAGCUGGGGAGAGGGAUGUCGUCAAUCUUGGCUCGUGCCCACUUUGUCACAGUACUAUUACGUACAUGUAAUUUUUGAGGGAGAAUGGGGCGGAAUUGACUGACAAAUGAACUGAAAAAGUCCAUUUGCCUCUCGUCGAUUUGGGACGGAUGUUUUGGUAGAAAAAAGUCAAUAGAUUUGGGUUUUUCUACGCGACUUAUGCUGUUGGUAUUUUUCCUCAUUUUUGCUCCUUACAAAAUGCAAGGAAAAAAGUUGGACAACUCGUGUCCACAAACUUUAAUAGAAAAAAUUGCAAUUUCUAUGAUGACGAUUUGAGAAGGUUCAUGGAGUCUUGUUAUUUCCCAGUGUUUUGUGGGAAUUGAAAGUAUUGUCAGAAAUGUAAUCCGUCCAAUUUUCUUCGGUGUGUCGUCCAGUCAUUUUAAUCAUGAUGUAAGUUUAGGUUUUCAUUGUUUCUCAAUUUUACAUUCUAUGUAAUUGAUAUAAAAUUAGAUCUCAAAUAAAUUUCAAUAAUUGUAAAUUUUA